CGGCGCCCGCCGGUGCUGGCAGAGUCCUCCCGGACAUGUGGGCUGCCGCCCGCGGCCUGUGCUGCCCCGGCGCGGGGGUGCUGUUGCGGCGGGGCUGCGGUGAGGCUGCACUCCACCGCACGCGGAGCCUGCACGGCUCUGCCGUCUCCUGUGGCAGCAAGAACUUGCUCAAGAAAUUUGCUUCGAAAACCAGGAAGAAGUUCUGGUAUGAAGGUCCUUCCCUGGGGUUUACUGGGCCUUCCAAAUUGGACUUGCUCCUGAAGAGAACCUCAAAGAGGACCAGGAAGGAAGACCAUGUGCGCCUGCGGGCCCUGAACGGCCUCCUCUAUAAAGCGCUGACAGACUUGUUGAGCACCCCUGAAGUGAGCCAGGAGGUCUACAACCUGAAUGUGGAGCUCUCCAAGGUCUCGCUGACUCCAGACUUCUCAGCCUGCCGCGUCUACUGGAAGGUGAGCCUCUCGGCGGACCAGAACAAGCGCACAGAGGCCACCCUGCAGAGGAGUGCGGCGCACAUGAGACACCUGUUGAUGUCCCAGCAGACCCUGAGGAAUGUGCCGCCAAUAGUGUUCAUUCAAGACAGAAAAAACGCAGCUCUGGCAGAGAUUGAUGGUUUACUGGCAGUGGCCGAGUUUGGACCUCCAGACGAAGGAGACCACCCCCUAGGAGAUGAUCCCAGGGACCCUGAUGCCCUAUCACCACAUGAUGCCCCAGGACCUGCUUCAUGCUCAAGUCUGUGUGGGAUCGAUCAUGAGGCACUCAGCAAGCAAAUAAUGGAGUACAAACGGAGGAAGGAGAGAGGACUCCUGAGCCUGGCAUUGCGGGGGCAAGAGCAGGGGGCUGAGCCCACACAGCUGGUGAGGAGGAGGAGGAGGAAGACCCUGUCCUGCCAGGACAAGAUCAGCUCCCCCAAGAGUUUCCUGCUGGGAGAGGAUGAGGAUGAGGACAAGGACUACACUCUAGGGUGUGAAUGUCAGACCCAUGAAGCAGAGCAGGAGUGGGGGGCAGACUCUGGGGACGAAGGGGCAGAGCAGGGCCCCUGUGGCAGAACAGGGCAGGGGCAGGGUUAGGCUUUAGGCUGCAGGCUGCCUCACCACGCCUGUGGGAGAGGAGCCAGUGCCUGAGAGGCACAUGUUCUGCUCUUCAGACAGUCCAUGGAGCUGAAGCUUUGGGUGGUGGUGUCCCUUUCCUGCUGUUUGGCUUGUGGUAACUUUUCCAUGUAUCUAAACACAGUGUCCUACACAAAAGUCAUUUGUUUUCUCCAAUACCGUGUGAUCAAAAAAAUACAUGAUUAUCUUACCAGUGA